UUGGUCAUGAUGUUUCUCUAAAACACAGAACACUAAAGUUGGUCAUAAGCAGAGGUCUAGCAGAGCCAACGUGCAGUUGUAUAUUUCAACAAGCUGUUCCUGUGUCACAUACCGAAUAGCCGAUACCAUGAAUGUCCUUUACAAGAAAAGACUCAGCUACAUAGAUGCUGCCAAGAUGAAGAUGUUGGACCAUAUUGCAGAUGUUCUCUUUGCACAAAGGAUGCUAAACAAUGGAGAGUUGGAAAGUAUCCAGUCUAUAGGAGGUACUCAUGACAAGGCCCGGGCCCUGAUUGACACUGCCAGAAGUAAGGGAGGUAUUACUAGUAAUAGCUUGAUGGCAACAUGGGAAAAUUACCCUGGAUCAUCCUCAGUAGGUAAUGGUAAUGUUAUGUCACCUAAGGAAAUAGUCUCAAUUUUUUGGGACAAUAUAACCCGUGAUGAUAUUGAGAAGAUGAAGUUUGUUAUGAGCGAGAUAGAGAUCACGCAUCGACACCGCAUCAGUGCUCUGGACCUGCAAUAUGUGACAGAUAGAACCGGGUUAGCAGAUGUUAUGGCAUUGCAUUACGGAGCUGCAGCACGGGCAGGGUUGAACACCCUGCUCAAGAAAAUCGGUCGCAAUGACCUGGUGAAGCGGGUCAAAGACAGUGACUGUACUCACACCUCAAGUCAGCUACAACCUGUGGCCUUCGCUACACGCAGCAAGGUUAUCAAUAAACAUCAAGGUGACAGAGAAAGUGUUGAAUAUACUUUGCGACCUUGACAGAGGACAGUUGAAAAGAUUCAUAUGGACAUUGAAACUACCAAGCAGCACGGCGGAGCUCAUCAGAAACACCAACUGACCUGCAAAAAGUGCUGAAGGAACAUGUUCAACAUGACCGGUUACCUGGAUACCAUUUACAAAACACUGAGGGAAAUGAACCAAAACAGCCUGGCAGACCAGUUGAAAACGUACAUAGCCGGCCUCAGUCCCUAGGAUAUGUAGUCAAUGAUAAACUGUUUUUACUACACUGAACAGUGUUAGUUCUAUAAAUGUGCCAUUGCAAAAUGUCUCUAUUGAGCUAUAGCUUGGUGAUAUGUACC